AUGAGGGAGAGGAAACUCCUCAAACUUCGAGAUACUGUCUAUACUUUUCUCAAGUUCAAAGUCAAGGAUGGGAAAUCAACUUACUUCUGGUUUGAUAAUUGGCUAGAUAAGGGACGCUUGAUUGAUAUCACAGGUGCAGCUGGUACCACCUACAUUGGUCUACCUCGUCGAGCUACUGUUAGAAAAGUGGUUAAACAGAAUGAAUGGGCACUUAGAGGACAGCGGAGUCGACACUAUCACGACCUUCAUGCUGCCAUCAUAGCUGAACCAGUUCCUGAUGCUCAGUAUGGAAGAGAUGUGGUCCUAUGGAAAGCUGGAGAUGAUGAUUAUCAAGAGAACUUCUCUUCCAAGAAGACGUGGGACCAAAUUCGAGUGAAAAAGGGGCCAGUGGGAUGGAGUAAAGUCGUUUGGUUCAUACAAGAGGUACCCCGGUUCUCGUUCAUCACUUGGAUUGCUGUGAAGAAUAGGUUAUCCACUGGAGAUAGGAUGCGGUCAUGGGGAUGA